AUGAAAGGCAUGUAUCUAGCUAGAGGAAAUCAUGAGAAUAAGAACAUGAACAAGAUAUAUGGUUUUGAGGGCGAGGUGCACUCAAAGUUAAAUGAAACAUUCGUGGAACUGUUUUCUGAUGUAAUUUGCUGUUUACCUUUGGCUCAUUUGUUGAGUAGAUUUUUGUCUCUGCAGAAUCUGUUGGUAGGAAGUGACUCCAUUAUGGUAGCUAUAACAUGGAUCUUGUCUCUGAUGCUUAAUAAUCCACAAGUACUGAAGAAGGCUCAAGAUGAGUUGGAGAACAAAAUUGGGCGGAAUAGACAAGUGGAGGAAUCCGACAUCAAGGAUUUAGUGUAUCUUCAAGCCAUUGUGAAGGAAUCUUUGCGGCUAAGUUCUCCGAGUGGUGUCAUUUUUCCUCGUGCAGCGAUGAAGGACUGCACGCUUUCAACUGGCUAUCACAUCCCAACAGGCACCAAGUUGAUGAUAAACAUAUGGAAAAUAAUGCAUGAUGAGAACCUGUGGCCUGAUCCAUAUAGCUUUCAACCUGAGAGAUUCUUGUGCAGCAGCCAUAAGGACAUAGAUGUGAGGGGCCAACACUAUAAGCUUCUUCCAUUUGGCUCUGGAAGGCAUUCGUGCCCCGGAAUUUCACUAUCUCUCAAUGUUAUGCAUCUUAUUCUGGCUGCACUGCUGCAUAGCUUUGAAAUUACUACUCCAUCCAAUGAACCUGUAGAUGUGACAAAGAGCAAUGGUUUGACAAAUAUGAAAGCAACUCCACUUGAGGUUCUUCUUGUUCCACGCCUCAACUGUAUUUUAUGA